AUGCCGAACGGUAUCGCCCACUCCGAGUGCGCCAAUGGGGCCAGAUGGCAGAACGGUUCGAUCGGCAGUCUCAAAAAUGUGGGAAAGCCUGUAAAAAAGCAAAAGACUAGCAAGAGCAGAGUCGAAGAUGAGACCCUUUUCGGGACUCUGUGCAAUACCAUAUGCAACAACCAGAUAGGAAUCUCCGUAAACCUCCUCCUACUUCUUGUAAUGACACAUAUCUUCUUUCCCCGCGUUCGACGGCGCACCUCGAAAUUCUUCCGCCUUUCCUACUAUAACCCCGACACCCAGCUGUACGGCUGCGGGAUGGACGAUCUCCCGUUCGUACUGCUAUGGAUCGUCAUAUUCACUGCCCUGCGUGUUUUCGUAAUGGAAUACCUACUCGACCCCUUUGCGCGCUACAACGGGGUCAAGACCAAGAAGGGCUUGGUUAGAUUCAAGGAGCAGGCCUGGUUGGUCAUGUACUGUACCUGCUCCUGGUCGCUGGGAAUGUACCUCAUGUACCAUUCCGAGUUCUGGUUCAACCUCAAUGGCCUAUGGAAGGGAUGGCCCUUCCGUGAAGUUACCAGCCUUCACAAAGUGUACUAUCUCCUCCAGUGGGCGUUCUACAUUCAGCAGAUCAUUGUGGUCAACAUCGAGGAGAAGCGGAAAGACUAUGCACAGAUGUUCACGCACCAUAUCUUCACCUGUUCUCUGAUUUUCCUCAGCUAUGGCUAUUACCAUAUCAGGGUUGGCACUAUCAUCCUAUGCAUCAUGGAUUUGAUCGAUAUAAUUCUUCCUACUGCCAAAUUACUGAAGUAUUCCGGCUACCCGAGAGCAUGCGACUUCACAUUUAACCUCUUUGCUGUGACGUGGUUCGUCACCCGCCACAUCUUUUUCGGCAUGGUCAUCUGGUCCAUCUACGCACACACACCAACCGCUAUGGCUCCUGGCUGUUACCUCGCGGAUGGCUCCAUGGUCCCGGCGUCUGAUACGGCCAGAUACGAUUCCCUCGGCGGCAACCUGAUUUGGGCCAACAUCCUCAAAGCAUACACCGACCGGACGGGGCCUGUUUGCUGGAAUCCAACCAUUCGUUACAGCUUCCUGGGACUUCUUCUCGCGCUCCAGGGAAUAAUAUGCCUCUGGUCCGCUACCAUUUGCAAGGUCAUUUGGAAGGUCGUUAGCGGGCAAAACGCAGAAGACGCGCGCUCGGAAGACGAAGGCGAGGAGUCGGGAAUGGAGGACGAGAUGUCGAAUGUCACCCGUCCUAUCGGUAGCAUAAAGUCCAGCCAUGACUGGGCCCCUGUCGAGGAGGAAGUCGGCAUAGAUGCCAUCAAUAUUUCGCGGAGAAGUAGCACCGGCGUGAGGAGCUACAAGCGCAGCGCGAACCGUACCACUGCAACCAGGACUUCUGCGAUCAGUAUUCCGGGUCAUGGAGACAGGAAAGAGCUUCUGGGCCGCAUUGGGUGUGAUAAGCCUACCUGA